AUGGCAGAGGAGAGGGUCAUCCUCACCAGGAACUUGAAAGCCGCUGUCUCGGCCAUCCUCCAGGGCUACGGGGGCCGGCAGCAGCCAGUGACGGAUGCCAGUGCUGAGCUACACAGACUCUGUGGCUGCCUGGAGCUGCUCCUGCAGUUUGACCAGAAAGAGCAGAAGAGCUUCCUGAGGCCUCGGAAGGAUUACUGGGACUUCCUUGGCGCCGCCCUGUGGCUGCAGCGGGGUAGCACGGAGCCGGCCCGCUUCGUCCACGCACACGACAAGUUGAGGACUCCUCUGGCGAAAGGCCGUGCCUUCAUCCGCUUCUGCCUAGCCCACGGACAGCUGGCCGAGUCCCUGCAGCUCUGCCUCCUGAACCCAGAGCUCACCAGGAAAUGGUAUGGCCCCCAGAGCCCUCUGGUGUGCCCCAAACUCAAGGAAGACCUCCUGGACUCUCUCUACACUCUCAAUGGGGUGGCCUUCGACCUGGACCUGCAGUGGCCAAACCUAGAUGAAGCCUGGCCCAUGUUCUCAGAGUCCCAUUACUCCAGUGCCAGUCGGACCCAGGGAAGAAGACCCAGAAAGACCAAAGAUUCCCCAAAGCAGAUCUCAGCACCACACGGAGACCCCGCAGGAGUCCAGCCAGAGGAGCCGCACACUAGCCAAGCCGGCUAUCUGCGAGAUGAGCCCAGGGAAGACGGGUUAGCUGGACUCCCCACGUCCCAGCAACACAGGCAUCUUCAUCCCUUCGUGGAAAAGAAGAGAGAAGAUCCCAGGAGGCUCGGGCCCCCCCAGAGCAUGUGGGAACCAGAGGGGGAGGAGCUUCAGCAAGCCCAGGAGAAGGGAGCCCCAAGAACUGAGAUCUGCCUGGAGAACUCACCCAGCAGCCGGGGACAGGGGGAGUGGGCCGACGGAGCUCCGAAGGAGGUCAUAGGGACAGAGGCUGAGGGCAGAGGGGUUCUGCCGGGUGCAGAGGAGACUCACAAAGCAGGAGCAGAGUGGGGUCAUGUCCACAGGCUGCCGGCCUCCAGCCCCAAAAGGACAAUAGAGGACACGAUGUCAGGGAGCCUGCAGGAGUGGGAGGUGCCUUGCAUUCGGGCAGAGCCCUGGGUCCUACGGGACCUAGGAACAAAGGAAGACUCCACCCCAGAGAGACCACAAGAGGAAAGAGGAGUGACCAGGGUGACCAGGAGGAAGGAGCCGGCAGAGGUGGCCUUGCAGGAUGUGGUCAAGAGCCUGAGACAUGAGCUCUGGAAGACCAAGGAGCAGGCCCAGUACCAGGAGCAGCUGCUGAAGGAGCAGGAAGGGGAGCUGAAGACACUGCAGGAGCAGCUCAGCAGGUGUCAGGAAGAGAGGGCCCGGCUGCAGACGGAGCUGGAGCAGAAGCAGCAGGAGGCUGAGAGGAGGGACACCAUGUAUGAGGAGGAGCUUGGAGGGCAGCGGGACCUGGUCCGUGCCAUGAAGAUGAGGGUGCUGGAGCUGAUUCAAGAGAAGGAUGACCUGUGGCGGAAAGCCCAGCAUCUGUCUUCCCUGGCCCCCGGAUGUUGUGCGGACUGCAGCAAGAUCUUUGGCCGGCUGUCUCGGCGGUACCCGUGCAGGCUCUGCGGAGGCCAGGUUUGCCAUGCCUGCUCUGUGGAUUACAAGAAGAGAGAGGGCCACUGCCAACCUUGCUCCCAGAAGGGCGAAGCUCAAUUCAACUGA